UCGGCUCUCAUUGCUGGGAGAAACACAGCUGCUAAGGAGCCGAGUUCAGUGACUGUGAGCAUCUCGGUCCAGUGUCCCUCCACGCUGGCUCGUCAUAUGAUUUCUCCUAAGGGAUAACCGCUGAGCAGGACUGCGUCUCCAAGCUGAUCCUUUGCUGAUAAGCCAGCUGCCAAGUCUCCAGCGCUAAGACAAAAGAGUUUUUCUCUUCCCAGCAGGUUUUUCUGCUGUGAAUGACAGAGGAAGGGGGAAAAUCAAGCUGCCUGGCACUCCACGUUGACUAGAGGCUUCGGGGGCUCCUUCCCCCCUGCUGUGCUGGCAGACCAUGGAGCUUUUCAAGCUGAGCCUAGGCUGUAUUUGUCUCCUUCCUUGGCUUGAGGUAGCAGAGGGACAAGGCUUUCUCAUAAGGAACACUCGGCUGGAAAAGUGCAUUUGUGUCUCCCAUCACAAGCCCAACAGCAUCAACCUGACUGACUGCAAGGAGCAAUCCCAGCAUCAGCAGUGGAGCUGGGACCCCAACACCAGGACCAUUGUCAGCCUUCAAACGAAGCAGUGCUUGUCAGCCCACAAGACACGGGAGUAUGCUCUGGUGAAGCUGGAGCCCUGCGGGGACUGGGAACGCCAAGUGUGGUCCUGCAGCAAGAAGGGACACUUGACUCUGCAGAGCUUGCACUUCCACCUCAGCACCAAUGAAGGAGGCCACAAGGUCUUUGUCUCGAGGAAGAAGGACAAAUUCAGCAGGUGGAAGACGUUAGCAGAUGAAACCGUCUGUGCUGGUGCCCAGACAGUAGCUCCGAUGCCCAGCACACCAACACAACAAGCUGCAGACUUGCGUGUGUGGAUACAUAAAACUAAAACCAUUGAUCCGUCAACCAAUGCCAUGGACAGAGAAUCUUCUGUGAGCUUGACUGACCCACCUCUGGCUAACAAAUUUAACAGCACAGUGUCUCCUACGAAGACCAAACAGCCAUACCUCCCAGCAAACGAGGAUGCGUCCCACAAUCACUCUAAAAAGCACCAUGGAAAUCGAGGGAAAAAUGCUGGGGCGAGGCUUGCAGGAACCAACUGGAAGACGGCCAUGCUGGUCCUCAGCCCCUUGGCAUUCAUACUGGGAUUAAUAAUACUGACACUCAAUGUCCAUUACAACAAGAAGAAGAAAAUCCUCUCUGCUCUGAAGAGCUCCCCAGCCAACAGCAGCAGAGCUGACUUACGGGAGCCAUCUCCCUUACAGAGAGGUCCCCGGACGUACCUUCCACCAUCUCGCUCCCCUUCCUUGAGGCGUGGAGAGAUCCUCAUCGAGUGGAAAGAUGGGACUGUCACUCCUCUUUUUGAUAAUGCCAAUUAUCAAAUGGACUAGCUCCAAACCGACAGAGCUGUUGUUCCAUGCUGUGUCACCCUUCCCACCAGGAAGAGUGCCACCACUGCCAAUCUCCUCCCUAGCCUUGCUGUUUUGACAGGGAGUUGUAAACACUGUUUGGGGAUUUUUUUAACACUUGAGAACAAUCUCCUUGCACAGCACGAGGUUGAAGCAAGCAGAGCAGAUUAUUUGGUUCAUAUAGACACACGCUGCUUAGCUCUUCCAGAGCUGUUUUAACCCAUAACAAAACCCAGAUUUAGCUAAAUGAAGCCAAGACUCUUGCCAGCUGCAAUGGUCCUUUGCCCUUAAAUUCAGAGUUACUGAGCAUAUAAGAAACUAAAUCCUUGGAGACAAAGUGUAAGCUGAGAAACAGAAGUCCUGAUGAUCCUUAAAUCCUUUUUAAGCUAAAACUAGGUGCCAACAGGCACAGAAGGCUGUCAGUUACUCUGUCAGUGUGAGAACAUAACUAAUAAGCACUGUCUUCAGGACUCUAAAGUCUCUUCCAGAUUAUCUGCCAAAAUACUCUCCUCACUAAGUUAUCCAUUAAGUAACAGCAAGUAAUUUUUCUAACUUAAUAGGCAGCACUCCAUCGUCCUCUCCGCAUCGCUGCAAGAGUCCUGCUGAGAGAGUAUGUGUCUCUCGAAAUAUUUCCAUAUUUAAGAUGCAUUAGACUUUAUUAUAGCACACAUCUUCUUUCUUUAUGUGGAAUGACAAGUAGCAUGAGUGGUGCUUGUCGGGGAUAUGAUAUUACCCAGCCAUUUUAUACCACCUGCAGACUCUGACCUCCUAUGGUCAUACAGAAUAAUCAAUGAACAGAUAUAUUGCUCCUGUCUACAGCAGUAAUACAGUUUUUUUCCAGAAGGGAGUAAAGCACUGUUUCCAGCCUUUACACUUGUCUGAGCGUAACUACCUGUGACCAUCACUCUCAAUCCUGAUCUUUUCUCGGUGAAACUUGCAAUGUCUUAGUGCUUUCCUAAUAUUAAUGAAUUUAUGUUUUCUUUCUCACUGAUCUUGUGACAAUGUAAACCGUAAUCACAGCUAUAAAUCAGGAAUUAUGUGGAAAAAGAAAUACUAACACCAGGAAAUUACAAUCA